AUGGGUGCUCUUAAAUAUCUCGAGGAAAUUCAGAAGAAGAAGCAAUCUGAUGUGCUUCGAUUCCUUCUCCGUGUCCGAUGCUGGGAGCUCCGACAAUUGAACGUCGUUCACCGUGCUUCUCGUCCAUCCCGCCCAGACAAGGCCCGCCGUCUCGGUUACAAGGCCAAGCAAGGAUACGUUAUCUACCGUGUCCGUGUUCGUCGUGGUGGCCGCAAGCGCCCAGUUCCAAAGGGUGCCACCUACGGAAAGCCAACCAACCAGGGAGUAAACCAACUCAAGUACCAAAGAUCCCUCAAGUCCACCGCUGAGGAGCGUGUCGGUCGUCGUUGCGCCAACUUGAGAGUUUUGAACUCCUACUGGAUCAACCAAGACUCUACCUACAAAUACUUCGAGGUCAUCCUCGUUGAUCCUCAACACAAGGCCAUCCGUCGCGACCCCCGUAUUAACUGGAUCGUCAACCCAGUCCACAAGCACAGAGAAUCUCGUGGAUUGACCGCCACCGGAAAGAAGUCCCGUGGUCUCGGAAAGGGUCACGGAUUCAACAAGACCACCGCUGGCCGCAGAAAGACCUGGAAGAAGCACAACACCCUCAAGUUGCAAAGAUACAGAUAAAUGUAAUCAGGGGUUGGUCAGGUGUUGUUGCUUGCUUGGGCAAGGGAAUGAAAGGAUUAUUUUAUGGCCUCAUGGCGCGCUGGUAGUUAAUGCAAAAAUGCAUAGCUUUCCCAUCAUACCCAAAACUUUUAUGAAUUUACGAAUCUUCUACUAUGUGAAAGUACCAUGGAUUUUUGGAUAUCUUGUUCUGUGACCAAUGAAAAUGUGAAUACAUG